UGGGAAUAUACGCCCCGGAGUCAGAACUGAGGGGGCGGGUUUGCGUCGUUGCGGCCGUUUAAUUCCUUCCCACGUCCUUAAUGUCUCGUGGAUCCGACUCUGAAUCGCCAUUACAAUCUCUUUGUCGGCUCAAUCUGCUAUACCCACUAUUGUGGCAGUGUACGCAUCGACUUGAUUGUGUUCAAGUCAAACUUUUUCUACCAUGGAUUCUCUUCUCCCAACAUCCUACGACCUUACGACACUAUACAAGAUCGAGCAUGCUGGAAAAGUAAACCAGCCAGUCUUCCAAGUGGUCUCUGGUUUCUUCUGCGCUCUAGCUAUUCUCGCAUUCAUUGGUCGUCUCGCAGUGCGCCUCACCAUUCGACAACGUUUGUACGCAGAUGAUUACCUGCUCAUCUUCAGUGUUGCAGCGUUGAUUGCUGCGACAAUUAUUCUCUAUAAAUUCAAUCAUCUCAUAUACAUCCUAAAUGCUCUAAAAUUUGAUUUCUUCCUUCCGACAAAGGAUGAUUUCAAGGCCAUUGGGGGUGCACAAGGGAUCAAUUACUCCCUCAUUGCGAUGAUGUGGACGGCGACGUGCGCAGUUAAGCUUUGCUUCCUAGUCUCAUCAAAGGCUCUAAUUGCAAAUGUCUCGACAAAGAUCACAUUAUGGUACUGGGUUACGGUCGUCUUAGUAGUGAUCUCUUGGGGGCUCGCUGUCACCAUAGCGUUCAUUAUCUGUCCAUAUACUGGGAAUGCCAUAAUAACCCAUUGCUCACCUGAGACUCCGUUUGUUAAAACCAUGGUUCUCAAAAUCGUGGUCACGUCCUUAGAUGCCAUUACCGACAUUAUGAUCGUUGCCAUUCCAAUCUGGAUUCUCCACAAUGUGAGGAUAAAGUUGACGCAAAAGUUCGCCAUUGGGGUUUUCUUAUGCCUUUCCGUUGUCAUGGUCGCUAUUACCAUCACUCGCACUGCCGUCGCGUACCAUAAUAACAGAUGGGACAUGACCUGGGAGUACCUGAUUUUGUACCUUGAAAGCUGCAUUGCUAUCAUCAUGGCGUCGGCGACGGCGUUUCGCACUGUCUUUGUCGAACACCGUCGUCGCCGCGAGCAGGAUCGGCUCCCUCUGCGGGACCUGCCGCAGCAACCCCAGAAUCUUCGUGGCCGAAUUGGCCGAAUGAGAGCUCGUGCUAAAGAAAACGAAGACUUCGAUGAAACCGUGGAGGGUGACGCGACGUAUCUCCCGCGUUCCAGAUCAGAGGGUGGGAAGAUAAAUGGUCUUUUAACAUUCAUCAAUUCAUAUGGGAGUCGGAGUCGGACUGAGAACUCUCAUAGUGAGAUGAAUUCAAGUGGAUUCCAAGGCUUGGGUAGCAUCAACACUGCAGAGGGAACGACGCAUUCGCCACAGAAGAGCUUCGAUGCAGGAACACAUGCAAGCUCAGACCGUGUGUAGAGUAGUGUGACCUCAUGUACGACCUCCGGAAUAUUUAGCACGUUGUAGACUCCCUGGCACACGCAAGUAGCAG